CGAAACCGCGCAGGCCGACAUUCCACGAGUAUCGAAAUAUCGCGCUCGCUUCCAUCCGCCAUGCUAGACCUCCACAAACCCGAUCCCUCCAGCGACACAAAAACCUACUUCUCGCACAGUAUCCUGCCCUCCUACAUCGACCCGCUCAACACGUCCACCAAGAAAAAGCCCUUCACCACCUUCAGCGCCCAAUCGCAUAGCCACACGCUCGAUCUCAUCCUCCCCGCCGAACUGUGGGACCUCGUGCGCACACACCUCUCCGCUCAUAGCGAACGCGUAUAUGCGCGCGCAUUCCUCAAAUUGUCCGACAUCCUCGAGGAAGACUUUCUGGACGCGUACAUACGGAAUGGCUCAGUAAGUAUGCUCAGCGCCGGACGGCCGCUAGUGGACACACGCUUCGAGAUCGUGGAGGGCGUGCUGAGGAUGGAGAUGGAUCGGCCGACGUACGAAAGAGCGGGGCUGGUAGGCGUUCCUGUUGAGGAUGGCGGAAAGAAACAUCAAAGGAACAGGUGGAGAGUGGAGUACGAUUUGAAGCAGGCGAGUAUGAAGAAGGGGAAGAGGGGGUUUGAGAGGUUGCGGUGGGCGGCGAAGAACGUACAAAAUGAGAGUAAGAGCUGGUUGUUCUGGAGCGGGAAUCCGUCGUUUGCGGAGAGUGUGAGGGAGGGGAGGGAGGUGCUAAGUAGGCAUGCGCCAAAGGUUUUUGUGCUGGAGCCGGAGGUCACGACGAUGAAGGGAGUGGUUGUGCCGAAGCUUGACGUGAAGGGGAAUGGACUGUCGGGGCUGUACGAUCAGGAUGAAGCGUUGGCAUUGCUGGAGUGGCUGGAUAUGCUCAACCUCGGGUCAUCGAGAGUUGAAGAGGGCAACGAAGUGGAUAGCCAUCUGUGCCGAUACGAUGUGCCUGACUUCGGCCAUGGUGUGGAAACGGGUGAGCUCGUAAGAGUGCGAUGGAGUGGCUUCAUCACUCCAGGGUUCGUCAAAGAUCUGUUCUUGGAGGUGUGGAAGGCUGGGUUCAAGGGCAAGCGGGAGCCUAAGAGAAGGAAAGGAAACGGUGCUCCAGGCAAUCAAGAUGAAGAUGUUACGAUGGAUGGUACGCAAGACGAAGCUGAUGCGGGGAAGUGGUUCGCGAUGAGUACUCAGGCGUUUGGAGGCAAGAACGCGUGGUCGCUCAUGCAGUUUGCGAAUCGGGAGACGCUGGUUUGGGAAGUUGAGAGCUGAGUGCGAACCGCCUACUACACAAUUGGCGUAGUGAGGUUCCAG